GCCAAGUGUCAGAUCCGUGCGCGUGUGUGUGUGGAGGACUGACUCCGGAUGGGACUCUGCAGGGCGACACACAGUAUAAUUACAGUAUUGAAGAUAAUGUGAAGUGAUGUUGCAAAGAAGCAUUUUAAUCAGACAAAAGGAGCAGGUCCAGAAACAAGCACAUUCCCAUCAAUAAAGAAAUACAAAUGAACAGCAUAUUACACACAAUCACCUGGGAGACAUUUAAUCAGAAUGAGAGGGGGGAAGGGAGAAGAAGAAAAACACAGUGGUAUUACUGUUAUUGCAAAGGACUACAUGACUUGUAAGCACGUACACCUCUUCUCUCAUUUUAAUCUCUACACCUGCUGGCCUUAGAAGAGCAGAUUGGCAGAUCAGAUAGCAUGAUAGCAGGUUUUCUACGACUACAGGCGUCAAUGUGUAAGGGGCUCUCCUCCCUGCCUUCCUCAUGUCUGGAAAAGGCAAAAGAGAUGAGGGUGAAGUUAAGCCACCUGGCUGAGACCCACCAAAAGCACAAGGUUCAUGAUGGAAAAGCUCUUCAGGACCUGGAAUCUGUGCUUAGUAGGAAAAGUGGUCUGCAGGCGUUUCAUGAGUUCCUGCGCUCAGAGUUCAGUGAGGAGAACCUCGAGUUCUGGCUGGCCUGCGAGGACUAUAGAGUUUCCCCUUCAAACAAGCAGAGGACCAAGGCCGGCAGCAUCUACAACCAGUUUAUCAACCCUGACGCACCACAGGAGGUAAACCUGGAUGCUGAGACCCGUGAGAGUCUGUUGAGCGUGGUGGACUCUCCGUGCGCCGACACAUUCAACAAGGCACAGCAGAGAAUCUACACUUUGAUGGCCAAAGACUCCUUCCCUCGUUUCCUGCGCUCCUCUCACUGCAUGGAGGCCAUUAAGGAUUUCUAAACAUACGCAGUGUGUCACCACAGACCUGCUUUAGAAAUAGGUGCUGUUGAAUCUGUACUGCUUGACAUGUUGAUUGUAUUUUAUCAUUUAUUUUAGCAAAUAGCUUGUUUUGUGAAUGUUUUCCAUGUGGUAGUGCACUGUAUAGAAAAUGCAUGUUGUUGUGUUGUAGUUAAAAAGUUCCUCAGAAUGAUGAAGCUUAAAUGUAGAUGAAACAACGCUGCACCUCUGGACUGCAUAAGCUACAACUUAUAUCCAUGAAGGAUUCAAAUAAAUACCUCAUAAAAGAUCACUCAUUAUGUGGUUUAAUGCCAUCUUUUGUUCAUAUAUUUGUAUUUGUUCAUAUACAAGCUUGCCAAACUUGCUCUGGCUGUGUGAGAGUGUAUGUUGACAUUAAAACAGUGCUCAGGCUUAUCACUGGCUGUCACAGUGCCGGUCUGUCUGAAUUAGUGGCCUUGAGAAAAUUCAUGGCCACUUCCUAAGAUCAUGGUGUUAAUAUGGUCAAGACAAACAACCUCGGGCAGGCCUCAGAUAAACAGCCUCACCUUGGCUUUUUGGUCAAAUGUAACAUAGGCAAGGUACAAAUGUGGUGGUUAUGUGCAUGUUUUUGGAUUCAAACCCAUCCAAAAUGUGUCCCUCUUUGUCACUGAUAAUCACUACUAGGCUGCCUGUGGGAGCACUGGGCUCUUUACCUUAUGUACCUGUACAGAUAAACCUGCACUUGCACCUGUGGUUGUUCUGACAUGGAGUAUUGGCUCCCACCCCACAAUAUUUUCAGUGCAGCAGUUCAGAAGGGAAAACAUUAUGGUGGACUCUGAAGAAGAUGACCUUUGAUGCAAAUAUUUAAUUUUUUAAAAACUGCAUUAAAAAACCUUUGAGGACCAGAAAACACACGUUUGGCAUGUUGUCCAGACUGCAGGCAGAUCGGAUUUAUUUCUCAAAUUUGAUCUUUAGUUUCUUUCUCCAUUUCUUAAAUUUGACCCAUGACCCUUUCUCACCUUUAGGCCGCCAGUCAGAACAUGACCACAGAGGUUCAUUCAUUUAUGCUGUUUUGCCAUGUCAUAUUCCUGCUCUGGUCACAAGAGACAGAUUCAGUAUCACUUGUAAUUUUCAUGAUUUGCAGAAAUGAUCAAUGGCGACUGAAAUUUACACCUGCAUAUAAGUGUGUCAAACAUAUUUGUCAGGCUUGUUGACAGUACUAGGUGCAAGUUUCAGUGAUAAAAUUCUUACUUUUUUUGCUGCUAUGACCAAAUUUCCACAGUAGUCAAUGAUCAUACAGAUGCUCCCUUCAGGUGAGCAUUCUCACAGCUGGAUUGGACAGAGUGAAUUGAUACACCAUCUUCAACAGUCAGGAUUACCAUCCUUUGGUUUUAUGUAGCAAGCAACACAAAUACACCCAGUACAUGUUCACUGUGUGAAGUUGUACAGCACUGCUACUUAUCAAAUACAUAACUGCAAACAUUAUGUCAAGCUCAUAAAUUCACUGUUUUCUGUACAAUCAUAUAACGAUUUCUGAUGUCCAUUCUGUUCUGAAUCAGGAUUUUUACAAUAAGAAACAGCAAAAA